CUGUCUCCUGUCAACGUCUCUCUCUAUUGCCAAAAUUUUGUCUGGGUAUUCAUAUUUUAUAUUUAUAACAUAAAAUUUAAGCCAAUUAAAAUAAAAAUAUGAUGCUAUAAUUUUCAAUUUUUGGAUUUAUUACAUUGGAGUAUAGUAAUUCUUCACAUAACGGCUUUCUAAUAAAUACUAAAUAAUAUAAACAUGGCAGAUUUUAUCGAAUCGGAAGCCGAGGUGUCCAGCGAGGAAGAAGAAGUAGAUCACCGAGAUCGAAAAAAGGCUCAAAAACCCAAAGUAGUUGAUAGUUCUGACGAAGAUGAAGAAGAUGAUGAGGAACGGCUUAGAGAAGAAUUGAAAGAUCUUAUUGAUGACAAUCCCAUUGAAGAAAGUGAUGCAGAAUCUGAUGCUUCUGCAGGAGGGGAAAAAAGAAAAAAAUCAGAUGAUGAAGAUAUUGAUGACCGACUGGAAGAUGAAGAUUAUGAUCUUCUUGAAGAAAAUUUGGGAGUCAAAGUUCAAAGAAGGAAAUUCAAACGUUUACGUCGUUUUGAAGAUGAGGAAAGUGAGGGUGAAGAAGAACAUGACCCUGAACAAGACAGAGAACAAAUUGCCAUGGAUAUAUUCUCUGAUGAUGAUGAUGAACGAAGAUCGGAACGCAGUCAUAGACCUGCUGCCGAACCUGAAAAUUUCGGUGUCGGCGAAGAAGAAGAGGAGGGCGAAUACUCAGAUGCUGAUGAUUUUAUAGUAGACGACGAUGGUCGACCUAUAGCAGAAAAAAAGAAGAAAAAGAAACCUAUUUUUACUGACGCAGCUCUGCAGGAAGCUCAAGAAACUUUUGGUGUCGAUUUCGAUUAUGAUGAAUUUUCCAAGUAUGACCAGGAUGAGUAUGAAGAUGAGGAAGAUGAAGAGGAAGAUGAGUAUGAGGAAGACGAAGAGGGAGAGAAAAGAAAGCGUCAAAAGAAAACUGCAAGAAAGAAGCCAACGAAAAAAUCUAUUUUCGAAGUGUAUGAGCCUAGCGAACUUAAAAGAGGUUUCUUCACAGAUCUUGAUAAUGAAAUUCGUAACACGGAUAUUCCUGAAAGGAUGCAACUUCGAGAUGUUCCCAUUACUGCAGUUCCUGAUGAUUCUAUAGAGCUGGAGGACGAGGCUGAAUGGAUAUACAGACAAGCAUUCUGUAACCGAACAGUAUCCAAUGUUGACGCACAUCUUUCCUCUGAAGCCAGAGAGAAAAUGAAGAAAGGCCCCCAAACUGUAGGAAAAAUCAAAAAGGCUCUAGAUUUUAUGAGAAAUCAGCAAUUAGAAGUACCUUUCAUUGCUUUUUAUAGAAAAGAAUACGUUCAGCCGGAGUUGAAUAUCAAUGAUCUCUGGAAAGUUUAUAAGUAUGAUGCCAAAUGGUGCCAACUUAAAACCCGGAAAGAAAAUCUUCUCCAGCUCUUCGAAAAGAUGAGGUCUUAUCAAUUAGAUCAACUCUUGAAGGACCCUGAUGCCCCCAUUCCCGAAAAUAUACGGGUCAUGAAGGAUAUGGAUAUUGAAAGACUUAGAAAUGUCCAAAAUGCUGAAGAGCUCAAUGAUGUGCACAACCAUUUCAUUUUGUAUUAUGCUCACGAUCUACCAGCAAUGCAUGCUGCUUGGAGAGUUAAAGAAAGGGAACGAAAAAAGCACGAGAAAAGACAAGCAAGACUCAGAUUGAUUGCUGAAGCUGAAGAAGGUUCUGAGAUUCCAGAAGAACCAGAAGAGAUUGAUGAUGAUGAACCAGAGGUUGAAGUUUUAAAAUAUGCUAACAGAUCUGGCAGUUAUGCCUUAUGUACUAGAGCAGGAUUAGAUCCUUUGGCCAAGAAAUUUGGUUUGUCACCAGAACAAUUUGCUGAAAAUAUGAGAGACAACUACCAAAGACAUGAAGUUGAUCAGGAACAUGUUGAACCUGCGGAGGUAGCAAAAGAUUUUAUUUCACCUAAGUUUGCUAAUGGUGAUGAAGUCUUGCAAGCUGCCAAAUAUAUGGUUGCCUUGCAAAUAGCUAGAGAACCCUUAGUGAGAAAAUGUGUGAGGGAAGUUUUUUUUGAAAGAGCCAGAAUUAACGUUUAUCCAACCAAAAAAGGUCAAAAAGUAAUUGACGAAUCUCACAAUUGUUAUAGUAUGAAAUAUGUAAAAAAUAAGCCUGUAAGAGAUCUAGCGGGCGAUCAGUUUUUAAAAUUGUGCCUUGCUGAAGAAGAAAACCUUCUUACUAUUACAAUUAAUGACCACAUCGAAGGUAACACAACUAAUUCGUAUAUUGACGAAGUUAAACAACUUUACAUAAAAGACGAGUUUAGUAAAAACGUACAAGACUGGAAUGCUUUAAGGAUGGAAUGUGUGGAGAGAGCCUUAACGAAAAGUGUUUUACCUGAUUUAAGAACUGAAUUAAAAAGGACUUUGUUGACUGAAGCCAAAGAAUUUGUACUUAAAGCAUGUUGUAGGAAACUUUAUAAUUGGAUAAAGAUUGCACCUUACUCUAUCACGUUUCCCGAUGAUGACGAGGAUGAUUGGGAUACGUCAAAAGGCGUGAGAGUUAUGGGUGUGGCAUAUGUACCAGAAUACACAGUUUCUGCUUUUGCUUGUAUAGCAGCUCCGGAUGGUGAUAUUACUGAUUAUUUGAGAUUGCCUCACAUAUUAAAAAGGAAAAAUAGUUUUAGAACAGAAGAGAAAUUAUUGAAGGAAGCAGAUCUGCAAGCCAUAAAAAACUUUAUCUACCUGAAAAAACCUCAUGUUAUAACAAUUGGGGGCGAAUCCAGAGAAGCCCUUAUGAUCGCCGACGAUCUUAGAUCAGUAAUCAAAGAACUCGUUGAAUCUGAUCAAUUUCCCGUUAUUAAGGUUGAAGUUGUCGAUAACGAAUUGGCCAAAGUGUAUGCCAAUUCCAAUAAAGGUCAGACUGAUUUUAGAGAUUAUCCUGAGCUCUUGAGACAGGCCAUUUCAUUAGCUAGAAGGAUGCAGGAUCCGCUUGUUGAAUAUUCUCAGUUGUGCAAUGGUGAUGAAGAAAUUUUGAGUUUGAGAUUCCAUCCUUUACAGGAACAAAUAGGAAAAGACGAACUCAUAGAAGCUUUAUGCCUCGAAUUUGUUAAUAGAACCAACGAAGUUGGUGUUGAUAUCAAUCUAGCUGUGCAACAAGCUCACAAAAGUAGCCUUGUCCAAUUCAUUUGUGGCCUUGGUCCUCGUAAAGGACAAGCUUUGCUCAAAGUCCUCAAGCAGACCAAUCAAAGAUUGGAAAACAGGACUCAAUUGGUUACAACGUGUCACAUGGGGCCCAAAGUAUUUAUUAAUUGUUCCGGUUUUAUAAAAAUCGAUACAAAUAGUCUGGGAGAUAGUACAGAGGCGUAUGUGGAAAUAUUGGAUGGAUCUCGUGUACACCCAGAAACCUACGAAUGGGCACGGAAAAUGGCUGUAGACGCCUUGGAAUAUGAUGAUGACGAAGGUGCUAAUCCAGCGGGAGCCUUAGAGGAAAUCCUUGAGGCACCUGAGAGAUUAAAAGAUCUGGAUCUUGAUGCAUUUGCUGAAGAAUUAGAGAGACAAGGAUUCGGUAAUAAGAGCAUUACCCUGUACGACAUUAGGGCGGAAUUAAAUUGCAGAUACAAAGAUUUGAGGCAGUCCUUCCAUUCGGCAAAUCCAGAAGAAUUAUUUGAUAUGCUUACCAAAGAAACCCCAGAGACUUUCUAUAUAGGAAAAUUGGUCACAGCCUCAGUUAUAGGCAUCGCAAGGAAAAAACCUAAGCCUGACCAGUUAGAUCAGGCUAAUCCUGUACGUAACGAUGAAACGGGUCUUUGGCAGUGUCCUUUCUGUUUGAAAAACGAUUUUCCUGAAUUGUCGGAUGUGUGGAACCAUUUUGAUGCCGGGGCGUGUCCAGGUCAAGCUACUGGAGUCAAACUUAGAUUAGACAAUGGUAUAUUAGGUUAUAUUUACAUAAAAAAUAUUAGUGAUAAGCCGGUGGCAAAUCCAGAAGAAAGAGUAGGUGUCGGACAACUGAUUCAUUGUCGUAUAAUAAAAAUAGAUGUUGAAAGGUUCAGCGUCGAUUGUACUUCGAAAUCUAGCGAUCUCUUAGACAAAAAACAUGAAUGGAGACCUCCAAGAGAUCCGCAUUAUGACGUGGAACGCGAAGACAAAGACAAUAGAUUGGAGGCCGACAAGAAAAAAGAAAAACAGCGAAUGACGUACAUUAAGAGGGUCAUAGUGCAUCCUGCUUUCCAUAAUAUUUCCUAUGCGGAAGCAGAAAAGUGUAUGGUCAAUAUGGACCAAGGUGAAGUCAUUGUAAGACCUUCUAGUAAAGGUGCUGAUCAUCUGACAAUUACUUGGAAAGUUGCGGAUGGAAUUUAUCAACAUAUUGAUAUCAGGGAGGAAGGAAAAGUGAAUGCUUUUUCACUAGGUAAAUCUUUAUGGAUAGGAAACGAAGAAUUUGAAGACUUAGAUGAAAUAAUAGCCAGACACGUCACUCCGAUGUCGUCGCAUGCUAGAGAUUUACUCUAUUUUAGAUACUACAAAGACUUUGAAGGUGGUCAUAAAGAUAAGGCUGAGGAAUUCCUGAAAGAAGAAAAAAAGAAAAACUCUUCAAAAAUUCAUUAUGUAAUUAGUGCAGCUAAGAAUAUCCCAGGAAAAUUCCUACUCUCCUACUUACCUAGAACUAAAGUUAGACACGAAUAUGUAACCGUUACUCCUGAAGGAUUUAGAUUCAGGCAACAGAUGUUUGACUCUGUCACGUCGCUCUUUAAGUGGUUCAAGGAGCAUUUCAGGGAACCUCCCCCAGGUGGUCUAACCCCUGGCACACCUAGGUUGUCUUCCGGUAGAACUCCUUACGGAAGUGGCACACCAUCGUUCAGUAUGAGCACUGAAGCUAUACAAAGAGUUGCUCAAAACCUGCCGAGUCACAUGGUCCAAGCACUGUCUGCAGCAACAAAUCAAACUCCACACUAUCCUCAUACUCCUGGAGGUUACGGUGCCAAUUACAUUAAUACACCAUAUACACCCAGUGGUCAAACACCGUACAUGACUCCAUUCCAAACUCCGCAUACGCAACAAACGCCGCGCUACGGUCAACAAACUCCAUCGCAGCACAUUCCCAGCACUGCUCCUCCAAAUUUGAACAAUCCCUUCCUUCACCCGGGAGCCGCAACGCCUUCCCAAAGAACGCCGAGUUACAGAAACAUGGCCAGUCAAAGUCCGAUGAUACCGCAAAGUCCCGUUCCGAGUCCGGGAUCUCAAAGCUCGUACAGCAGUCACAUGAGUCAUCAUACAAGAGCAAGCUAUGCAGAAUCGUUGAGAUUUCAACCUCCAGAAUCGCCGAGAAAUUAUACAGGGGGUAGUAGAGGUUCGUAUCCUGAUGGAAGAUAUGGCGGAAAUAAUAGUGAAUCUAUGGAUUGGCAGAAGGCGGCCGAAGCUUGGGCUGCUAGGUCAAGAUCAACUCCCAGAAGCGAAGGCCGUAACACUCCGAGGUCUAUGGGCCAAAGAACUCCUCGUUACGACAUGUCCGAAAGCGAUCGAUCUAGAAUGAAGAGUAUUAGUAGCAAGAGUCCCAGAUCCGCGAGGUCAACUCCACGCACUAACACUUCUCCGCACUCCAUGUCUCUAGGCGACGCCACCCCUCUGUAUGACGAAAGUAUUUAAAGUACUUUUUAAAUUAUUGCAUAGGGUAAAAGUGAUAUUAUGUUUAGUUUACGGUAAUAGUAACGAGUUACAUAUUAUUUUAGUAUCUUAUGGUUGGUUUUAAAACUUUGUAAUGUCAUUUUAUAUUUAACAUUUAAAAAUAUUUCUACUUUAGUAGACGUCGCUCACUCCUAAGGUUGUUUUAUUCUAGUAAGAUUCUUCUGUAAUAAAAAGGUGGUGGUUAAUAUAGACAGGAAGUUUUCAAUCACAGAAUCACAUUAAAACAAAUACAGCUGGUUGCCAGAACGUUCAUUAAAAUUUAUGGAUAAAUAUUAAUGCAUAUUGCAACCUGCCGUUAAUGUUGUACACCAAACGCACACGUGAUUUUUUGUCCGAAAUAUGUUUUUUUGUGUAAAUAUUUAACAGUUUGGCCCGAAUUUAAUUUUACUAUACAAGGAUUUCAUUAACGGUCAGUUAAAAUAGCUAUAACAACGAAUCGGAAUUUGUAAUCCUAUUUCCUGAGAAAAAAAAACAAAGGCUUAUAAGAAAGCUUUCAUAUAUUUUUAAAUCAUUUGUUUUCUUCUCGUAAUGGGUGGAUAGUUUCAGUGGUUAGAUAAAGUAUUUUUGUUCAAUAUUACUUUCAUAAAUUUAUCUAGCAUGUUAACAUUAACUCCUAGAUGAUAAGUUGAAUCUGUUUUCUGAAGUCCAUGAUUUAUAUUUAACACAUAAGAUUCAAAAUGCCAGGAAAAUACAAAUAUAAACAAAGUUACAAAUCAAUGCAAUCAAGGAAUUUUACUGUAGGUAAACAUACUAAUCUUACAGGCUCAUUUAAUACAAGAAUGUAUUUAAAAUGAGUUAUUUAUACAUUAAAUGUUAUAAAAAAAAUACAAAGAAAAGUUAAAUCUGAAACUUGUAGAUUGGUUUUAAUUUAAUUCAAUACCAAUAUAUCAAAAAUACAACUACUGGUUUAACAGAAAAUUUUUAAAAAUUUCAUUUUCGUUAUUCAUUGUAGCUUCUAUUUCAAAAAAUACUGGUUUUCAAAACCACUGUAUAGGAAAAGUACAUCUGGACCACCCUGUAUAUAGUUUGUAGAACUACAAACAUACAUUAAUAGGUUUUUGUUUCCAGGCAGGCUUAGUUACUUAAACCGUAAACAAAACUUAAUUAUUUUUUGUUUAUCAUUGAGCAAUAAUAAUUUUAUUUACAUCCAUUCGACUUAGUUUUUAAUUAUAUAUUUUAUAUCCGAUUUAAUUUAGCUCUUUAGUUAUCAACUCAUCUCUGUUUCUUAAUGAUUACCAUCGGUAGGUAUUUUACUGUGACAUGUCGAAUGUCAUUAAACAGAGCCAACUAUUAUAGUUACAUACUGGGUGAAAAUUACAGAUUUACUCGUAUGUAACAAAAAAAAACUGUAUAUGCCCCAAAAGGGAUAAACGUAUUGACAUUUGUUCUGUUUUGUAUGAUAAAAUAGAACAAAUUUUCGUUGACCUACGGGGUUAUAGAUAAACAAAAUAUUUUUUUUUAUCCUAAAAAAAUAAAAAAAAUCUGAACUAAUACUUCAUGACUUCUGAAUCAUAUUCCGAAUGUAUGCAUGAAGUAUUGGUUGUCAUUGUUUAGUGAUAAAAAGUAGUUUUAGCCCAUUUCGAAAUAAUUGUUCGGAAAGUGCAAAUCAAUCCAUGUAUACUUUUUUUAUCAGUCUUAAGCUUGAUUAUAUAGAAAUUGAUUAUUGUUGUUUACUAAUGGAAAUAUGAAAUUAGUAAGUAUUUUUAUUUUAUGCCCCCCCUGUCAUUUUUGUAAAUUCAUUAUUUAUAUAAAUAAAAUUAAAAUAUAU